AUGCAGACUGCUUCUACAAACAUUUGUGAAAAAAUGGGUCGCUCUCAGGAGCUCAGUGAAUUCAAGCGUAGUACUGUGAUAGGUUGCCACCUGUGCAAUAAGUCCAUCUGUGAAAUUUCCUUGCUACUAAAUAUUCCACAGUCAACUGUUAGUGGUAUUAUAACAAAGUGAAAGCAACUGGGAACAUCAGCAACUUAGCCACCAAGUGAGCGGGGUCAGUACAUGCUGAAGCGCACAGUGCACAGAAGUCAACAACUGUCUGUAGAGUCAAUAGCUAAAGACCUCCAAACUUUGUGUGCCCUUCAGAUUAGCACAACAACAGUGCAUGGAGAGCUUCAUGGAAUGUAUUUCCAUGGCUGA